GAAAUAGAAAGGACACUUUGCUUUAUGUUUGUUAGACGCCAUUAUCGUCAAAAACCGUAAUUUUUAGGAUUGCUUCGAAAAUCGAAAGCCCUACUGAGAUUCCUCCGAGUUCUCAAUCUUCAUACUUCACAAUGACUGUCGCCCAAUUCGCCAUGGUGCAGGAGCUGGCCUUUCUUGUGAAAGACAACCUCCCCAGCAAGCAUCUUAUUCUAUCCAUGGAAGAAACCUUCAUAAACUUUCUUCAUGAUGAAACCAGCAGUUCAGAUGGUAUCUUGGAGUUGGAACCAAUGGAUUCAUACAACCGUCUUCUUUUGCAUCGUCUUGCUGAUAUUUUUGGAUUUGCCCACGUAUCAGUUGGUGAAGGUGCUAAUAGACACUUGGUUUUGGAGCGAUGCCCAGAUUCAUCGAUACCAUCCAUUCUUGUGAGUGAUAUUCUGUGGGAGUAUGAUGAACCUCAAAUGUCAACGAUACCACACCAACUAUUAAGGAGAAAGGAAAAUUCUUCUGCGAGUUCAACGAAAUCAUCUCCUCAACUUUCACUUGAAGAGAGAGAAGCAGCUUAUCUGGCUGUCCGUGAGCGAAUUUUCAUGAUGAACAUAGGAGAAGACAGCAAACCCAUGAAGCCAAAGCCACGCUGUGAUCCUGUGGUUGCACGACGCAUGAUUGCACAUGCACUGGGCCAGAGAAUUAAUUCACUUCCUGAGGAUACUACUUGCCAUCGCAAAGAGCAAGGUGUGGUAAACAAUGCAUACGUCCAAGCAAAAGAUUCGAAGUUGCCUGAUUCUACCGUGGAAGCCGUUAACAAAAACAUUUCACAGUCACAUCAACAUGUGAACUUGAAGAAUGAAGUGGAUAAGAAUUGUAAUCCAGACGUGUCAGUGGCAAGGGGAAGUACUGCUGCCAAAAUGAAACCUGACAAGAGUUCUCCGAAGGCAAGUCGUGUUGACAAUGAGUACUUGAAGAGAGAACAUUUAGGAGCUGCAAAGAUGAUGUUUUCUCAGGCAUUAGGCAAGCACUCCCGAAAGAAUAAGUCUCUUCAAACUCGUGGGGAAGCAGAUUAAAAUAGAAUCAGGAUUCAAAGAUAUCUGCAGUAGCUCUUGUUCUCUGGCAUGAUCUCUUGUCCUCACAAGUUUUUGUCAAGAUUGCCGGGGGCCAACAAAAAGACGAAUGGGACUGUGUGAUGACAAAUUUGUCUACCUCGCAUUGCCAAUGGUAAAGUAUGAAGAUCAUGGUCGUCAUUGGUGACAUGAUCAGGGUCGGUGCAAUGCCUAUGGCUGAUAGUCUAUGUUGCCUAUUCAGUUGGUAAAUGUGAAAUCUAACAUUGCGUUCUCUAGCUUAUAUAUUCCUUGAUGUGCUCGGAAUUCGAUCUGGUUGUUUAAGCAGUGCUGUAUGAGGAGAUUGAACUACAUGGUUCGAGCUGAGUCUUGAGGAAAUGAAUUCUGAUCAGAUCUGUUCACUGAUUGAGAUGCACAUAGCCGGUUUUGUGUCGGGUUAAAGUGAAGGUUUCUAACUUAAAUUUGUGUCAGUACUUCAUUGUUAAAUACUUUCUCUAUUGUCUGCUGAAGGCAUAAAAUAGCAUCUUGUGGAUCGUCAUGCUUAUUUACCUGUCUCGACGAUACCAGGCAAUGCACUAUGUUUUAUGUGAAACUGUACUGCUUUAAUUUUAAGCUUUAUUGAAAUCUUGAGCAAUUGGCACAAUUUCUUUUGAACGAA